AUGGACACUCCCGACGGCCAGUGGGCCUCGACCCGCACGCCUAGCUCGCGCCCGGCUUCCCGGAGAUCAGGCCGUUCCUCGCGAUCCGCACGCUCGCAGACGUCAAGCAGAACAACAGAGGUGACGCCACUGUUAGCAAGAGAAGACAGGAGCGACGACGACGAGGAGGAGGAGGGGGAGCAGACACCGGCGACGACGUCGCUACUGCACUCGUUGGGCAACGGCUCCUCGUCAAGCGGCAAAACGCCACUGUGGAAGAAGCGAUGGCCCAGCAUACUCGCGCUUGUCAUUCUGUGCAUUGUCGUGGUCGUUAUAAUGCUUGGCUUCCUGGCAACAGAAGGCAUUGAGGAGUACGCCAUGCAGGCUGCCGACUUCCAGCCUACGAAGCUGUCAUUAGACUCGUUGACCGAUCACGGCGUGAAAGUGCAAGUCGAAGGCCAUUUCAAGAUGGACGCAUCCAAGGUGAAGAAGCAGAGCGUGCGCAACCUCGGUCGCUUUGGAACGUGGAUAGCCAGAGAGGUAGAAAGUGGACCCACUAAUGUCGAUGUGUAUCUGCCCGAAUAUGGGAACGUUUUGGUCGGCACGGCCAAAGUGCCCGGGAUCAAGGUUAAUAUCCGCAAUGGACACACAACGCACAUUUCAUUCUUCGCCCAUCUGGAGCCGGGCUCCUUUGAUGGGAUCCGCAACGUCGCCAACGACUGGAUCGAUGGACGUCUGGGUCAAAUCCAGGUAAAGGGCAAGGCCGAGGUGCCUCUGAAAUCCGGCAUAAUACGCAUUGGCACGCAAACCAUAGAGGAGUCUAUGGUGUUUCUAGGAAACAACCUUCCUUCGCUCCCUCGGUACAACAUCUCAAGGCUUAACCUCCGAGAAGCCAAGGACGGGCACAAGGGCAUGGGGGCUGACGUUUCCGUUAUGGUGACCAACGAUUUCCCUGUGCAGCUUACUGUACCCCCGGUCGCUGUUGACGUUCUUGUUGACGGCUGCCUCCCUUCGGACCAGCACAUCAUGGUGGGCACGGCCGAGACCGCGAGAUUGCAGGUAAGACCGAAAACUGAUCUGGAGGUCAAUGUGACUGGCCGUGUUGAGAAGCUGCCGGAAUCCCUUGUUGAGGUCUGCCCGGACUCAGCCAAGUCCCCACUGGAUGCUCUCCUAGGUGACUACAUGGACGGGCGCGACGCUACCAUCUACAUCAACUGCUGUAAGUUCCCGGAUCCGGAGACUCCUGACUGGGCGCGAGGUCUCCUCCAAGAUAUUACGGUUCCCAUUCCUUUCACAGGGCGAGAUAUGGGAAAUCUGAUCAAGAACUUCUCCCUGUCUGAUGUUCAUUUCCAUCUCCCAGAUCCGUUCGCUGAGCCCAACACUCCUGAGGCUGCACCUAAGAUCUCUGCUAUCAUCAAAGUGGACAUUGGCCUGCCUGGUGAAAUGAACUUCCACCUAGACGUCAACCGCGUCAAGGCCGAUGCGGACAUCUACUAUCACAAGAAGAAGCUCGCGAGGCUCAACCUCGAGAAGUGGCAGAAGGCCAAUUCCACCAGAAUCGACGCACACGGCGACGAAGGACCAUCCUUGCUGGUCGAAUCCGACAUUGAGAGGGCUCCCAUUCAAAUCCUAGAUGACGACCUAUUCAGCGAAGUUGUUCAAGCUCUGCUCUUCGGCAGCAAGCCGGUUAUGAUGGAAGUCAAGGCCGCAGUCAGCGUGAAGGUUGAUACGCCCAUGGGAGAUUUUGCAAUGCGAGGAAUUCCAACGGAGGGAGUCUUCGUGAUCCAUCUUGAGCCACUUCUUCAGCAGCUCGCUAACGUGAAUGGUUCAGCAAUUGGAAACGACAAAGGAUCCAGCAAUAUCAGCCAUCUAUCUCCUCAAAUCGGCAAUCUAUCGAUCAUCGGCACGUCGCGCACGUCAAUCACUCUACAGGCGCACGCGAACAUCACGAAUCCCACCAAAUACUCCGCGACCGUUCCCUAUUUCAACAUCAACAUCUUGGUCAAUAACACUGUUCUCGGACAAGUUGUCGCAAAGGAUAUCGUCGUACGUCCUGGGAACAACACCAAUCUGCUCGUGACGGCCGUGUGGGAUCCGUAUACCCACAGCGGCCAAGGGGGGAACGAAGUCGGCAAGGAGCUGCUUUCCCAAUACAUCUCCGGCUACAAUACAUCCCUAACCCUCCAAACCCACAACGGCACCAUCCCCUCCCAGCCUGUGCUCGGCGACCUCAUGUCUCACUUCCCCAUUACCCUCCCCGCACCCCACCUCUCCACGCCAAAGAAGCCCAAAGACGGGGAUGACCCAGACAACGGGGAUGAUGACAAGUCAACGCACUUCAUCCGCGAAGCUACCAUGCACAUCAUCUCCUCGACUGCAAUUUUCACCCUCGCAUCCCCCUUCACUACCACAACGCUCUACAUCACGAACCUCAACGCCACGGCUUUCUAUGAGACCCAUCCCGCAGGCAAGAUCCUGUACGAUCUGCCGUUCGCCGUGCCGCCGGGCUUGUCAGAGACUCCGCGGUUGCCGGUGGACUGGAGUCUGGGGAGCGUAGGGUAUGAGGCGAUCAAGAAGGCGCUUGGGGGCACGCUCAAGUUGAGUGCGUAUGCGGAUGUGGGAAUUAGGAUCGGCCAGUGGAGACAGCAGAUUUGGUUUAGAGGUGGGAGUAUUGGCGCGCAUGUGAAGUUAUGA